CACGGGAAUUGUUUAUAUUGACAGAGCCUCAACGCACAUCAGUUGGCGGUAACGUUGGGUUGUCUGCAGCAUGGGUAUCGCUCGGGAUCGUAUACACAAAAGGGCUAAGACUGGAGCACGUAGAGAGCGCAAUCGAAAGAAGAGGAAGUUCGAGUUGGGUCGUCCAGCUGCAAUGACAAAACUUGGACCUAAACGAGUGCAUACCGUACGCGUAAGAGGAGGCAAUUUCAAGUUUCGAGCUAUGCGUUUGGAUCAGGGAAACUUCAGUUGGCCUUCUCAGGCUAUCUCACGAAAGACAAAAAUCAUAGAUGUAGUCUACAAUGCCUCCAACAACGAACUUGUACGAACGAAAACCCUUGUGAAGAACGCUAUUGUACAGAUUGAUGGAGCACCAUUCAGACAGUGGUUUGAGGCCCACUACUUGAAAGAGCUUGGACGGCGAAAAAUAGUUGGUAAAAAAGGCAAUACCGUCACUCAAGAAAACCCGGAGGAUGACGUUUUGCAAAAAAAGCGAAGUAAAUCGGUCCUCAAAAAGUAUGAGGCUCGACAGGCUCUACCUCAGGCCAAUGUUGAAGAAGCUCUGAAAGAAGAGUUUGUAACUGGUCGACUUCUAGCUUGCAUUUCCUCACGACCUGGUCAGGUUGGACGGGCAGACGGAUAUAUUUUGGAAGGAAAAGAACUGGAGUUCUAUGCCAAGAAAUUAAAGGCUAAGAAAGCCAAGUAAUUUUUGAAAAAUAAAUUUUCAAGGAGAACUAUGGCUUUUAUAAAAAAACGGUCGUGUCCAGGGAUAUCUUGUCAGUGUGUGUCACUUGCAUCACCAUCAAGUACCAACUGGGUUGCUUUUUCUAUAAUUAGACAUACAUUGCAUUUACUGUGCUGGUUUUGCAUAUGCAGUAGUUAGGUUUCGUUUUCAAAUGGGAAAAUGGCCACAAUCAGCAUCAGUGAAUGUAAAGAC